AUGUUAACAAACAAUGACAAUGCGAAAACAAAAGCGAAUAAAGAUAACCUUAUUCAUCCAAGUGUAAAUUCAAUAAAUACUACUGUACAAAAUUUCAGUUGUUUCACUUCAGCAUUUAUUCAUCCUAAUGACAAUAUGCGAUAUUUACUAGCUGGUACUAUCCAUGGACAAUUAUUAGCUUGGUGUAUCAAAUCAGAUUCAUUCAAGUUGAAUAUUGUCGACCAACAAGAAAAACAAAUGUUAUUAAAUGAUUCAAUAGUGAAAAGUGUUCCUAUUACGCCUCCAACAACAUUUAGUGAUCUACAUGAUGUAUGGAAAAAGCAUACAUUACCUAAUAUAGCCAUGUUUCUGACGAGUUCUUUUGCAGACUCAAAAUAUCAUUCAAAUUUAAUUAACCCCAUUCAUUCAUCACUGGACGAUUCACCGACAAGUUCCACAGUAGCCAAUCAAAUAUUAUGUAGUGGUAAUACUAAUACUAACAAUAAUCAUAAUGUAAGCGUAACAGUGUGUAUACAAAUUAAUCAAAUGCUCUCUUAUCAACAACCUAUUCAAAGUUCAUCGCCUACAAUUCAUCCAUAUCGUUUAGCUUUUGGUUUAUCCAAUGGGUGCAUUAUCAUUGUUCGUAUGGCAGAUUUUUUAAAAACAAUCUAUUGGCACCAACAUGAUGAUGCCGACAACUCAAAUGAACAAUUAUCAAUGGAACAUCAUAAUCGAUUGUCCAAAUUUUGUUUAAGCGGUCAUAUUGGCCCUGUGACAAGUUUAUUACAUCCGGCUAGUUGUGAAAGGCAAUUAUAUCCAUCAACAUCACCAUCAUCAAAUGAUUCGAUUUCAGUGAAUUACACUAAUAAUGGAGAUAAUAUAACUACUACUACUAACAAUAAUAUCAGUAGUACAAUUACAGAUUAUCAAUUCAAUCCAGAUUAUUUAUUAUCUGGUGGAAUGGAUUUUACUGUUCGCCUAUGGGAUCUAAAUCCAUGGCACGAAUCUCCUGAUAAUAGUAAUAUUAGUAGUAGCAGUAGAAAAUCUUUAGGCAAUAAUUAUCAAAAAUCAUUGUGUUUAGCUACAUUCCGAUGUCAUGCUUCACCUUGUAUUGGUCUAACUAUAUGUCCCCCUAUUUCAUCUGUCAUCAAUAUGGUUGCUGGGAAUCCGAGACUUUCGGCAUCUAUAUGUUCAUUCGGUGCAGAUGGUUCGGUUUGGUUAAUUAAUUUAAAAGAAAAACGUCCUUUUCUUUACGCUCGUAAUACAAGUGAUUUAUCUUCAUGUCCAGUUGUAGCUAUUGGUUGGAGAUUAGCUGAAGAUCUUUUGUUUAUUGAUUAUUUAGAUGGUACAGUGACAGUAUGGGAUAUAAGUAUGGGCUGCUUAGAACGUGUUGAAACGGAACAAUCCGCUAGAGAUUUAUUCGAACAAGCUCAAUUCAUCACGGAAGUCUAUCAUCCAUCAACAUAUUUAGGCUUUACAUUUUCCACUUUACCAUCCAUAACAAUGUCAUCUUAUAAAUCAAGAUCAUUAACUGGUGUACCGAAUCAAUACCCAAUUUAUACAUCAUUAGCUAUACCAUUCUGUGGUGGUGUGAAUUCAACUUCUUCAUCUGGUACCGUGCAUUUUACUGCACCUAGUCGAUUAAAGUACACUACAGUGGAUGAUUUACAAAAACUGUGCACAAAUAGUUUACCACCUGUACAAUUGCAUUUAAUUGGUGCUACAACAGCAAGUAAUCAGCAUACAACGAUGAUAAAUGCUGAAAAUCAAUCAACAUGGAAUUCCGGUCCAGCUGCAUUUAUUUUUCAUUGGGAUAUUCAGUCACUUAUUGUUGAUAUUUUAUCACAGAAUUGUGAAGUUUCAAAGGAUAUUAAUAACUUGACAACGGCCACAGAAACAACAUCAAACGCAUCAUCAUUAUCAUCAUCGACAUCGUUCUAUCGUGAUGACAUGUUCACAAUGGAUGUAACACAAGCAACUUUUCUACAAAUUAUUAUUUCAUUAAUUCAUCCAUGGGGCAUAGAUUUGUCAAUUGAUAAAAUUAUUGAACAAUUUUGUUUUAAUCAUCAUCAUCAUCAUCAUCAUCAUCAUACAUCGAUUGAUAAGAAUAAAAUUAAAACAAUGCUAAUAAAUAAUCAUCAACAACAAUCAUUAUGUAUACAUGAAUCAACAUUGUGCAUUGGUCUAAUAUCUAAAUGUGGUUGUAUGAGUUUAAGUAUGCCUGGUAAGUAG